AUGGUUCGGCAAAUCCAAGCCUACAUUCAGGAAGUCGCGUCGGCCAACUCGGGCAGAAUAAGCAGCGCUAGUAGCCGGGGAUUGCAGCACGGAGCGGGUCGAGCGGAGCGAGUGACAGUGAAAGAAGAGAGAGCGGGACGGGCGGAGAGAGUAACUGUGAAGGAAGAAGGAACGGGACGAAGGCACCGGACGUUGGUGCAGGAGGGAAGGGGGAGGCUCGCGGAGAGGGGCGUGGGGAACGAGGAGGGAGCAGCGGAGAGGCUGAAGAGCAAGAAUCAGAUGGCGUUCUGCGUCGCCCUCAGCACGGCGCUAAGCCAGUUCCGCGACGUGCUGGCGUGUCUGGACGUCCACCGCCACUCCCCCGCGCUCGCCGCCCUUCCGCCUGCGCCAUCCCCCGCGCCCCCGCCAGCUCCGCACUCCGCCAGUCCCUCUCUCCGGGGAUCGGACCGCAGGGAAGGGCAGGAACAGCAGCGGUGGCGGCAGGAGCGGCAGGGGGAGGAGGAGAGAAAGGCUGCGGAGAGCGGGAGUGCGGCAUUGCGGAUGGGGGAUUCAGAAGAAGGCACGGUGGGGAGGGAUGGGUCAGGGGGAGCAGCACCGAGGCUAAGAGAGGGGGGACCCGCUGUGGGGGGGAGGCAGGAGCGGGGUGGGGAGUAUCUGCGGCUAAGGCACCUGCUGGCGUUCCUGUCGCCGUGGUUCUUGCGCUUGGAGUGCCUCGUCUGCUUCAUUGAUGAGUGCAGGUGGGUGGGUGUGUGGGUGCAUUGCCUCGUCAGCUUCAUUGACGACUGCAGGUGUGUGCAGGCACAGGUGUGUGCGUGUAGAUCUUUGCGCGGCGGUCCCUUCUUGGACGCUCUAGAGGCGAGGAAGAGAGCAGCGCAGGGCGGCGAGCGCGAGCAGCUGGGGGCGGCGCUGGGGGAGGCGGUGCGGCCGCUGGUGCAGGGCGUGGCGGAGUGGGCCGUGCUGGGGAACGUGGAUGCCCGCAACGAGGAGUUUUUUGUGCGGUGCAGUGCGGUGGCGGCCAGCAAGGACGUGCUGUGGCAGGAGGGCUUCUGGAUGGACGAGGCAAUGGUCCCUGUGCGCCUCUUCCCUCUCUCCCUAGCACGCACCAUACUCCGCGUUGGCAAGUCCAUUCACUUCCUUGCCCACUGCUGCGGCGACAGGCUCGGGCCCGAAGCAGCCAAGCAGGUGGAGCGGGAGGUUCGGGGCGCCCGAGCCUCGCUAGAGCUCCGGGACGUGCCGAGGCUGGUGGAGAGGGUGUCAGCACAGGUGGAGACGCGGCUGGUGCAGGUGGUGGUGGGGCAGUUCAAUCUGCUGCACCACUGCGCUCUCAUCAAGCGCUUCAUACUCCUCACCAACGGCCACUUUGCUCAGGUGUUGCUAGAUGAGGCAUCCAGUGAGCUCAAGAAGCCGGUCAACAAAGUCAGCACCAUCGCCCUCUCAGGUGCCCUCCAUGGAGCGGUGCUGGCAUCACUAUUCUCAGGGGAGGAACCUGCCCUGGCUGAUGCGCUGCAAGUCAAGCUGGUCAACGACAGCACCCCUGGCAUAUCUGGCUGGGACGUGUUCACCUUGGAGUACCGCAUUCUACCACCUCUCACCGCAGUCAUCACCGCAACCGCACAGCACCACUACGCACGCCUCUUCACCGCACUCUUCCUCCUGCAGCGCACCCGUCGCGCCCUCUCCUCCACGUGGCUGGCCCUCAAGCCCCGAGCCUCCAGGCUUCUGCCGCCCGUUGUCAGGGAGUCCAUUACUGCUGCGGUCACGGGCAGGUUCGCCGGAGGUUUGGGUUCCCGGGCAGGUGGAGCGGGCAGCAAAGCAAGAAAAGCAGACCCAGGAGGAAUGGGAGAGGGCGCUGCUGCUGCUGCUGCUGGUAGUGCUGCUGCGGCUGCUGCUGGUGGGGGGAGUCUGGAAGGUGGUGGUGGUGGUGAAGGGGGGGCGAGAGUGACAGGGGGGUUGCAGGCGUGGAAGGAGAGGGAGGAGGAGAAGCUAUUGGUGGGGCCGAUGAGGGGCGUGCGGGGCGUGUUCGCACGCAUGUCUCAGUUCAUGCGCGUGAUCGAGUCGUUUGCUGCUCUCAGGAUCGAAACCAGCUGGAAGGACAUGGUGGAAGGGGCCAAGAGUGCAACGAAUUUGGACGAGCUGAUAGCCUGCCACGAGCGCUACCAGCUGGCCCUACUGCGGGCGCUCUUCCUGGACCGCCCCUCUGCCGCCCUCUUGGGCAGUGUGCGCCGCAUCUGCCGCCUCGUGCUCGAACUCUCCCACCUGGCUGCCCGCCUGCAGAAGCACACUGACAGCGUCUUUGCCAGGAAGCUUGCUGCUGCACGCACGGCAAGAGCCAGCAGUGGCAGCACCCGGAGCACCUCUUCGCUUCACACCACUGACACCUUGUCAUCCGCUCCUGCUCAACGCGAGGCGUUUCCGCUCAAGGCGUUUCUGCUCAAGGCGUUUCCGCUAUUCUGGCCUGCAGUCAACGCCAACGCCAACGGACUGUCCUGCUCGCAGAUGAGUGCCCCUCCGCCCUUCACUCGCCUCGCUUUCUCCUUUUUCUCGUAUGCACUCCGCACUCUCGCCCUGCUCGCUGCAGCAGCAACAGCACCAACACCGCCGCCCUGCUAG